GAGAGAGAGAGAGAGAGAGAGAGAGAGAGAGAGAGAGAGAGGAGCGCUCUUAGAAACAGAAAGGUACACAGAGAAGAGAGUGGACGACAGAAGCUAAGAGAAGCAGAAAGAGGACGGUGGCUCCUAAGCAUCUCCUGCGCACCUUUUCAUUGCUGCACGCUCACGGAUCAUAAAAGUCUCCACUUUAUCUUCCUCGAGUUUGCUCCAGAGAGAGAUUACAACUUUUAUAAAAGAGGCUUUUUGUUCUAUUUUUUCUUUUUUUUUUUGAGUUGAGAGAGACGCGAUUCCUGGAAGACUUUUCGUUCAUUCCCCCCCCCAAAAAAAACCAAGUCUUUCCAUCCCUUCGAGAAGUUUUAAAAAGUAAAGCCCUUGUUAGUUCCAGGGCUCGGCUUCACUUUUUUUUUCCACGUGUCCCACGGUGUCACAGCUUCUGACAUUAACGUGUCACCUUGAGAUAUACUUUUUUUUUUUUUUUUUGCCUGCCUGCCUGCCUGCCUUCAAAUUUCAGACUUUAAAAACUUCAGUUUAAGUCACUGACCCACAAACGAGACCAAAGAUGAGAUUUCAAACAUCAGGACAGUCCCCAUUCUUGAGUGAUUGUUGUUCUAAAUGCUUAAAUCACUAAAACAAAGUGAGUUUUGAUGGUUUGAUUUUUUCCCUUCACACAGCCGAGUUGUGAUACUGAAGAUACGGGGGGAGCCUGGCAGCUCCGCUCACCUGUAGCAUCUCCUCCGCUCCGCAGAAACUUUGACUUGCACUUUUUGUUUUUUACGCACAGGAACGCCACUUGUGACUAUUUCGAGAUUGCGAUCCACACUAUCUAAAAGAAAGAGUCGCACUCCACACAGUUCAUUCAUUCUGACAACACAAUCGCCUCGGCUUUGGAGUGCGUAAAGGAGCAUUGCGCUUUUUUUUUUUUUUUUACGCAGAACGAACUUGAAAAAAUCUAACUUUUGAAAUUACCCGGGGGAUCCAGAUCGACACUUUUUUGUUGUUGUCACGAAUACAACGUUUAAAGACACUUCCGCUGUCCAGAGCCCCAGAGAGAGACCGCCGGGCUCUCCAUCACCAUGCUGUUCGACACUUUCGACCUCAUCUCGGCUCUGGCCACUCUGGCCGCCUGCCUGGUGUCCAUGGUCCUGCUCCUCGCCGUCUCCCAGCAGCUGUGGCAGCUCAGAUGGACGGCCACGCGGGAUAAAAACUGCAAGCUGCCCAUGCCCAAAGGAUCCAUGGGCUUCCCCUUCAUCGGCGAGACCUGCCACUGGCUCCUGCAGGGUUCAGGCUUCCAUGCGUCGCGGAGGCAGAAGUACGGCAACGUGUUCAAGACCCACCUGCUGGGCCGCCCUCUGAUCCGGGUGACGGGCGCGGAGAACGUGCGCAAAGUGCUGAUGGGCGAGCACACGCUGGUGACGGUAGACUGGCCUCAGAGCACCGCCACGCUGCUGGGACCCAACUCACUGGCCAACAGCAUCGGAGACAUCCACCGCAAGAGGAGAAAGGUGUUUGCCAAAGUGUUCAGCCACGAGGCCUUGGAGUCCUACCUCCCGAAAAUCCAGCAGGUCAUCCAGGAGAGCCUCCGAGUAUGGAGCUCCAACCCUGAGCCCAUCAACGUCUACAGGGAGAGCCAGAGGUUGUCGUUCACCAUGGCUGUGAGGGUGCUGCUGGGAUUCAGGGUGUCAGAGGAGGAGAUGAGGCAUCUUUUCUCCACCUUCCAGGACUUUGUGGACAACCUGUUCAGUCUGCCUAUAGACCUGCCGUUUAGUGGCUACAGGAAGGGUAUCCGUGCACGAGACACCCUGCAGAAAAGCAUAGAGAAAGCCAUCAGGGAGAAGCCGUGUUCCCAGGGGAAGGAUUACAGCGACGCGCUGGACGUCCUGAUGGAGAGUGCCAAAGAGAACGGCACCGAGCUCACCAUGCAGGAACUGAAGGAGUCGACUAUCGAGCUGAUCUUUGCCGCCUUCGCCACCACGGCCAGCGCAAGCACCUCACUCAUCAUGCAGCUCCUUCGCCACCCUGCCGUGCUGGAGCGCCUGAGGGAGGAACUGAGAGCCAGGGGUCUCCUCCACAAUGGCUGCCUUAUGCCAGGAGAGCUGAGGCUGGACACCAUCGUGAGCCUUAAGUACCUGGACUGUGUCAUCAAGGAGGUGCUGAGACUCUUUACGCCCGUCUCAGGGGCCUACCGAACCGCCAUGCAGACUUUCGAACUUGACGGAGUUCAAAUUCCAAAGGGCUGGAGUGUGAUGUACAGCAUUCGGGACACCCACGACACCUCCGCUGUCUUUAAGGAUGUGGAUGCCUUUGACCCUGACCGCUUCAGUCAGGAGCGGGGAGAAGACAAAGAGGGACGCUUCCACUAUCUGCCCUUCGGCGGUGGUGUCCGGUCCUGCCUGGGCAAGCAGCUCGCCACCCUCUUCCUUCGCAUCCUGGCUAUUGAGCUGGCCAGCACCAGUCGCUUUGAGCUGGCAACCCGGCAGUUCCCCCGCGUGGUCACGGUACCCGUGGUCCACCCUGUCGACGGGCUGAAAGUCAAGUUCUACGGCUUGGACUCCAACCAGAACGAGAUCAUGGCCAAGUCGGAAGAGCUGCUGGGAGCGACUGUUUGAAGGGCAGAGAGUUGACGAGUAAGGG